AAAAUGCGUUUUAUAUCGCGUAUAUAUUAUAUCUUAAAUUUAAAAUUGCCCAUACAAAAUAAGUAGAUCUAUUCUUCACUUUGGCUUGUCGUAAAAAAUUGUCACGUGAGUUCUCUUUUGCAUUCGGCCGUCAAAAUGUCGCACAGGAAAUUCUCUGCUCCUCGGCAUGGCUCGAAAGGAUUUCUGCCCAAGAAGCGAUCAAGGAGGCAUAGGGGGAAAGUGAAGGCCUUUCCCAAAGACAACCCAUCAGUGCCACCCCAUUUGACAGCCUAUUUGGGCUUUAAAGCUGGAAUGACGCACAUUCUUCGUGAAGUAGACAGACCCGGGUCCAAGUCCAACAAAAAGGAAGUUGUUGAAGCUGUCACCAUUAUUGAGACUCCACCAAUUAUGGUUGUUGGCUGUGUUGGGUACAUUGAAACACCACAUGGACUGAGGACCUUCAAGACCAUUUUUGCUGAGCAUUUAAGCGAAGAAUGCACUAGGAGGUUCUACAAGAACUGGUACCGCUCCAAGAAGAAGGCAUUCAAGAAGGCCAGCCAGAAGUGGAAUGAUGAGGCUGGCAAGAAGGAAAUUGAGCGAGACUUCAACAAGAUCAAGAAGUACUGCAAAGUAGUCCGGGCUAUUGUCCAUACCCAGACCAAGAUGCUGAAAAAGCGUCAGAAGAAGGCUAACAUCAUGGAGAUCCAGGUAAAUGGUGGCACCAUCUCUGAGAAGGUGGACUUCAUCCGAGCAAACAUGGAGAAACCCAUCCCUGUGAAGAAUGUAUUCUCCCAGGAUGAGAACAUUGACAUCAUUGGUAUCACCAAGGGAAAGGGAUUCAAAGGUGUUACCUCCAGGUGGCACUGCAAGAAGCUGCCCAGGAAGACGCACAAGGGUCUGCGUAAGGUUGCCUGUAUUGGAGCCUGGCAUCCCAGUCGUGUGAAGUUCACAGUGGCCAGAGCUGGUCAGAAGGGCUACUUCCACCGAACUGAGAUCAACAAGAAGAUCUACAGGAUCGGAGAGGGUAUCCACCAGAAGGAUGGCAAGCUGAUCAAGAACAAUGCUGCCACGGAGUAUGACCCAACUGACAAGACCAUUACCCCUCUUGGUGGCUUCCCACACUAUGGAGAAGUCAAGAACGACUUCCUCAUGAUCAAGGGAUGCUGUGUUGGGCCCAAGAAGAGGAUUUUAACUUUAAGGAAGUCUCUGCUGGCCUCCCACAGGAAGAGGCAGAUGGAGAAGAUCACACUCAAGUUCAUCGACACCUCCAGCAAGUGGGGUCACGGACGCUUCCAGACCAUUGAGGAAAAGAAGAACUUCAUGGGUCCCCUCAAGAAGGAUGCUGCCAAGACCGAGGUUCCAGCUUAGACAACCAGCCUAUUCCAGUCAAGUUCAAAUUGAGUUGUCAAGGCUGUCAAAUAAUAAAAAGAAGCAGAUUGCCA